AAUUGUAAUGGCAAGUGCUACUAGUAGCGAGGCUAUUUCAUUCGCUAGCUAACGUGACCUCGUGGUGAACAUUUCAUUUCAGAGAAAGGACGUGGACGAUUUCAGAAAUUAAUUUCCCGCUACAGCAUCUAGCUAGCUGCUUCAACAAUUCCUGAAGGAUUCAAGAUGGAGGAGGACUUUGGUGGGCCGUCACCAUCCUGCUCAACUGAACCCCAACCAACGCUGUCACUAGGUCCUGACGGUAGCCACGGUGACCGGGACUACACACCACAGGGGCAGGAGAUUGGUUACCCUGGAGGCCUUGACAGCUUCAGUGAAAUACCUAGAUUUAACAUCGUAGUCAAAGAGGAGGAGGAAGAUUUAGAGGAGUGGAGUUUUAAUUAUACAGGAGAGAGUCCAAACCACAGCUCUAGUGAUGAGGCAUCAGCAGAACGACGCCAGGAGAAUCGCACAGCUAAGAAGACGUUUUACCGCUGCCCGGAGUGUGGGAAAGAGUUUCCUCACCCAUCUAAACUACAGAGACAUCUUAGAACGCACACAGGAGAGAAACCAUAUCCUUGCUCUGUGUGCGGAAAGAGAUUCAGUGAUACAGGGACCCUCAAAACACACGAGAGGUUGCACACAGGAGAGAAACCGUACAUCUGCCCGGAAAAGAACUGUUGGAAGAGGUUUGUCAGCCAAGGAGAGUUAAAACUGCACCAUCGGACACACACCGGAGAGAAACCUUGCCACUGCUCUGUGUGUGGGAAGAGUUUCUCACGUAUGUGGCACUUGAAGGUCCACAUGAUGACGCACGCCGGAGAGAAGCAGAGACUCAGCAUGAAAAAACCUUUCCCAUGCUCUGAGUGUGAGAGGGGCUGCAACUCUGCAGCAGAGCUCAAGAUGCACCAGAGGAUGCACACUGGGGAGAGACCUUACCAGUGUUCCACCUGCAAAAAGACCUUUGUUUUCCCAAGCUCUCUAACAAGACAUGAACAAUCCCAUAUAAGCGAAGCGAAUAGUACCGCCAAGCCGUACAGCUGCUCAGAAUGUGGGAAGGAAUUCACUCAGCCAUGGACCUUAAAGAUACACAUGCGCCAGCACACCGGAGAGAAACCGUACCACUGCUCUCAAUGCGAGAAGAGGUUCUCGUCGUCGUCACUCCUUAAAAGACACCAGAGGGUUCACACCGGAGAGAAACCAUUCCAGUGCUCCGACUGCGGGAAGAGUUUCUCCUCGUCAGCGAAUAGAACCAGUCACCGUCGUCGGAUCCAUGAAGGUAUGCCGGGUGGGUCACAGCGGCAGGAGGCCACCUCUGUGGAUGGUACCAGUAAGGCUUAUGUUGACCAAAACAACCAGGUUGAACCCACAGUUGUAGAGGAGUCUGGUCUCACUCUAGUACUAGAUGUCAAAGUAAAAGAAGAGGAGGAAGAUCCUGCUUUUGCAGAGAGACCUGACCAUUGCUCUGAGAGUGAGGAGAGUCCCUCUACAUUAGGAGGACCUGACCAACACCAGGAGAACAACAAAGCUCUGGGCCCUCACAUCUGCUCAACGUGUGGAAAAGAACUAUCCAGCUCCUACAAACUAAUGCUACACCAGAGAACACACACAGGAGAGAAGCCUUACGAGUGUAUGGUGUGUGGGAAGGGCUUCUCCCAAGCCGCAAACCUCAAGACGCACCAGAAAGUGCACAGUGGAGAGAAGCCAUACCCCUGCUCUGACUGCGGGAGCAGGUUUACGCACAUGGGAGACUUGAAGAGACACCAGUUGUUGCACUCGGGUGAGAAACCUUAUAGCUGCCCCGAGUGCGGGAAGAGUUUUUCUCAGUUGGCGCACCUGAAAUCUCACCAACAGACACACACAGGGGAGAAACCUUUCCUCUGUGCUCAUUGUGAAAAGACUUUCUCCACUGCUGCCAAGCUGAAGAACCACGAGAGAGUGCACACUGGCGAGAGACCUUACUGCUGCUCCUACUGCCCCAAGCGCUUUGCUCUAUCUGGGACACUGGUGAAGCAUGAACGACUCCACACCGGAGAAACGCCGUACCAAUGUGGAGAAUGCGGUAAGGGAUUUGCUCAACUGGUGUCCUUGAAAAUACAUGCCCAAUCACACACUGGAGUCAACUUCUACAAAUGUUUCCAUUGUGACCAGAGCUUCUCCACUUCAACCAAGCUGAAGGAACAUCAGAGAAUCCACACUGGGGAGAACCUCUACCAAUGCACCGAAUGUGGGAAGAGUUUCACUAUCGAGUCAAAACUGCUGAAACACCAGAGAGUUCACACUGGAGAGAAACCGUACCAGUGCUCUGGGUGUGGAAUGAGGUUCUCGCUCUCUGAGAACCUACUGAGACACCAGCGUAACUCUUCAGGGAUCUGUGGUGCUGUGAGCCUUAACCAGGCUACUGGGAGUGGGAUUCUACUUCUACAAGAUGCUGCUGUCUUCCCGAAUAUACUGGUCAAGGCUGGGCACAAACCCACAGAGUCUCUGCCUUCUGACCAGAGCCAGAGUGAAGCCUCCACUCAAACUGCUGGGGUGACUGUUGACGUGAAAGAGGAGGAGCAAACACUUGAACUGAAGAUUAAAACUGAAGAACUGGAGGAGGAGGAGGAAGAAGAAGAAGAAGAAGAAGAAGAAGAAGGAGAAGAGGAGGAGGAAGAGGAGGAAGUUGUUGGGCUGAUUAAUUCUGAUGGAGAAGAAAUGGACUGGGAUCCUUCUCUUCUUGGAUAUAAUCCCAGUCAGAGUUCUGACAUUGAAGAGAGUCCCUCUACAUCAGGAGAACCUGAACAUCACCAGGAGAAUCACAACGCUAAGAGCUCUCACUGCUGUUCAGUGUGUGGAAAAGACUGCCAAAAAUUAUCGGCGCUACAAAAACACAUGAGAAUUCACACAGGAGAGAAGCCUUACCCCUGUACUUUGUGUGGAAACCAAUUCCGUGAGAAGGGACACCUGAAAGCACAUCUGAAAACUCACACUGGAGAGAAACCUUACCACUGCCCCACCUGUGGGAUGAAGUUCGCCCAUUUGGGAGCCAUGAAAAUACACCUGCUGACACACACUGGAGAGAAACCUUACCCCUGUUCUGUGUGUGGGAAGAGUUUUACCCAGUCAUCGCGUUUGAAGCAACAUUUCCGGACGCACACAGGAGAGAAACCUUACUCCUGCUCUGUAUGCAGGAAGAGUUUUGCAAGACCAGCAGACCUUAAAGUCCACCACAGAGAUCACACAGGGGAGAAACCUUACAGCUGCACUGAAUGUGGCCAGAGCUUUACCAGUUCCCACAACCUAUGGAAACAUCAGAAGAGCCAUCUACCACCUGGACUACCACAACCUGUUGAGUUUGACAACCACAACCAAACACCAGAGAUGAAUGCUGAAAACGAAGGACUGAAGGAGGAAGAUGAGGAGGAGGAGGA